AUGGAGCCUCGCGAGGAGGCCGUCUCCAGCACCGCAGAGCAGCCGCCCUGGGGAGACAAAAUGGGUGGUGGCAGAAGGGGCGCGUUGCAGUUGUGGCAAUUUCUAGUGUCGCUGCUGGCAGAGGGAGCGCGCUGCGUCGCGUGGACCGGAAGAGGGUUGGAGUUCAAACUCCACGAGCCCGAGGAGGUGGCGCGGCGGUGGGGCGCCCAGAAGAACCGGCCCGCCAUGAACUACGACAAGCUGUCACGCUCGCUCAGGUAUUACUACGAGAAGGGCAUCAUGCAGAAAGUCGCUGGUGAACGCUACGUGUACAAGUUCGUGUGCGACCCGGAAGCGCUGUUCAGCAUGGCGCGGCCGCCGGCCCCGGCGCCGCCGUACGACGUGCUCUCGCAGCUGUACGGGGGCGUGGUGUACCCGCAGUACCUGCCCCCCGCUGCUGCAGCGCCGGAGUACAGGCGGUACUACGAAGGACACUACGACACCGCCAACCGGGCAUCUGUAGCACAGUACAGUGCUUCACACCCUGAAGUAAACCGGGCAGCUGUAGCACGCUACAGUGCUUCACAUCCGGAAGUCAAUCAGGCUACUGUAUCUCGCUACCGUGGUUUACAUCCGGAAGUUAAUCAGGCCGCAGUAUCUCGCUACCGUGCUUCUCAUCCGGAAGUUAAUCAGGCCGCAGUAUCUCGCUACCGUGUUUCACAUCUGGAAGUAAACAGACAAAACUUAGCGCGAAAGAGAUCUACUGACAAACUAAAGUUUAAGGGAAACAUAGAAACAAUCACUAGAGUUCUUACAACUAAACUUAAAGAUAGAUUAGAAUCAGAAAAAAUAGUUAAGUGGACUCUCCAUAAUAGGCAAAGAACUUUAGAAGAUUUGAACAAAACUGCAAAUAAAUUAAAAGAAAAAAUAGUAGCGGCAUUAGAGAAGUUGAAAAUAUGUCCUGAAAGUACGGAUAUUAAAGACAAAUUUGAAGCAUUUCUUGGUAAAUCCGAACAUCGCAGUAAUCAGGAGCCAUUUUAUUCUGAACAAGCUUAUAAGGUUUAUGAAGAUAAAGAAAAACCUAUUGAGAUUGAUGAUACUGGCAAAGCAAAAACCUUUACAAAUGUUAAGAAAAUGUCCAAAAGUCUGACAUGGUCUUGUUCGGAUUCAUUGUGCGUAUUAAAUGAUGGAAUCUUACUAAAAUUGAAAAACAUUUUCGAAGUAUUAAACCUCCAAACUACUCCGCAAAUUUACUCGAUGUCUGUAGAAACAGGAAAACUGCAAGAAAAUAUCAACUUUAUUAAUAACGUUAAAUCGCAUUUCCCACAUCUUCGGACUAUUAUCAGAGAGAUUUAUCAAAUACACAGCGACUAUAAUGCUGAAGAAGGCAUUUUAGAAGAUGGUACAGCAGCACUGUUGACCCAAAUCACAAGAGAAAAGGGAACUGAUUAUGAGCAUUACACCAUAUAUCCUUUGAAUGAACGGAGACAAAACGCACCAGCUUCAGAACUCUACCAAAUGCUCAAAGUAAACACAGCACCGAUUGAUGCCCGAGAUAAAGACCUCGAUUUCAUAAUCGGCAGCAGAAAGUAA